UCAUAAUUUAUUCAGCAAAAGUUGUAUACAAUUGUAUCAUUUUUCUAUGUAGUCUCCAUUGUAUUGAAAGUGGCUGCGCAUAUAACCAGAAUUUUUUUCUAGAGGACCCAUGUACCUUUUAAGCGCUGAAGAACUUGUCUCAAACGCAAUGGAGACUACUACGGUAGAAAAAUGACACAGUUUUAUGUAUUACUUUUACUCGAUGAAAAAUUAUGAAAAAAUAACACUUAAGGUUUUCAUUUGAAAUUUACUCUCGUAUAAUUACUGACCGCGACGGGUCGGUUAAAUGGCUUUGUACGCACAGCUUUAUUCGAUCGCCGCCUAAUGGAAUAUCAUGUUAGUAAUCGGGUAAAGAGAAGCACCGGGACUGUCAGCGAGCACACGAAGCCUUACCACGCUGGCACACUCGACUCUCGCUGCGCGAGAGAGCGUCAGUUGGAGUUUCGUUAUUCGACGACACCGAGAAUACAACACGCCGGAACUUCGCGGGAUUGGUCUACCGGAGCAUGGUAAAAUCUAUCGAUCAUUAUUCGCACAUCUGAUUUCUUCCUUUGAUCGUCAUUGAAAAUUCGGUCGCAUAAACGCUUCCCUGCGUGAAAAAGAAGCUGUCACUGACUCUGAUGAGAAAACUCGUGUUUUUACAUAAAAGUCUCGAAGGGAAAUGUAUCCACAGCUCGAGUCGAACGUGCUGUGUAUAUCUGGAAGUAAAUCCGAUUUGCAGUAUCGAUGAUUUGCAGAAGCUCUUUACUUUGGUGAAGGUCGCCUACGCUAUGCUGAUCGUCACCCUUCUGUUGAUGUUGUGGGCGUCCGUGGCGCGAAUGCACGAGCUACCCGUUCAAUAUCCGCCGUGCUUCUUCAAUCCGCUCUGCACCUGCUCGAAAGCCAUACCUGACCUAGGCAUAGUGGCGUGCUACAAUGUGCCGAUGCCGCGAAUACCGCAGCCGAUUAACUCGUCCAAGGUGUUUAUGCUGCAGCUGGAGAACAACGGACUCAGAUUUCUGCAACCGCAGUACCUCAUAAACACCGGUCUUUACAAACUACAGAUCAAGCAUAAUCCGCUGGCGGACAUCCCAGACGAAGCCUUUCUAGGUCUCGAGCGAUCACUGUGGGAGCUCGACUUGUCCUACAACCAGCUCGCCAGCGUGCCGAGCAAAUCGUUCAGGCAUCUGCAAAAACUGCGGCUUCUCGAGCUCACAGGCAACAAGAUAUCGCGUAUCGCUCCGGAGAACUGGCGCGGCUUGGAGAAUUCUCUGCAGACCCUGCGCUUGGGGCGAAAUGCGAUCGAGAAACUGCCAGCCGACGCUUUCGCCGGCCUUACGUACCUGGAGAUCCUCGAUCUCCGGGAGAACAGUUUGAAGGAGAUCGAUCCGUCGGUGUUCCGGGACGGGAUGGCGCACCUCACGCACCUCUACAUGAAUGAUAACCAAUUGACGCACGUACCGUACGCUCAACUGUCCCUGCUAAAGCGCAUGAAGGUCCUCGAUCUCAGCUACAACAGGAUUUCGAAGAUGCUGCAGGCCCAACAAGAACCGGAAAUCAAAGACAUACAGAUGUCCUUGGAUGUUCUGCAGCUGGAUUACAAUCAGAUCGAUAUGCUCGCAUCUGGUGACUUCCAGCAUUUCUACAAAGUCAACCGCACGUAUCUCAACGGCAACCCCUUGAUGAUGAUCGAGGAGGGCACAUUCAGAGACUCGCGCAUUCGCGAGCUUUACCUGAGCGACUGCGAUCUGCUGGAGGUGAACUCGGCCAACUUCGCCGGCUUAGAGUCGACUCUCGAGUUGUUGGAUGUCUCAGGAAACAAUAUCACCACGCUGCCGAAUCGUCUGUUUCAAGAAUUCGAUUUUCUCCGUACACUCGUCUUCCGUGAGAAUCACAUCGACACCUUCUCGCCAACCGAGGUGUUCAACGGUUUCCAAUAUUCCCUGUACAACUUGGAUCUCAGCGGCAAGCAGAACAGUAUGAUCUCCCUUCAGGAUCUACGACAAAUGAGAAACCUGCGCUUCCUCUCGAUCUCGCGAAUGCCGCAGGCCACUCUGUCGGCGGACGAUUUUCUGGAGUUCGGUAUGGACAUCAAGGAGCUUAGGAUAGUUCACAGUAAUCUGAACGCCAUCAAGAGCCACGCUUUCAUGCACGUGCGUGGGAUCAAAUACCUCGACUUCUCUGAGAAUUCAAUAUCGACGAUAGACGACGAAGCUUUCUCGGAGGUGGGCCACUCUCUUUUGACGCUGAAGAUGUCUCACGGCCUCUCGUCCACGAUUUCCGAGAUACCAAACCGACCGUUCAAGUCGCUGACGAACCUGCAGCAUCUCGACUUCAGCAACAACAAGAUUCGCUCUUUGCCGGCCACGUCGUUCCACUUUCUGAAGAGGAUCAAGCGCAUCGAACUGCAGGAUAACGAGAUCGACAACAUACCGAAGGGCACUUUUCAAGGUGAUAUACACUCCACGCUGGAGGAAAUCAAUUUCGCGUUCAAUCAAGUGAAGAACCUACAAACCCACACGUUCGUCGAUCUGUCGGCCUUAAUGACAAUCAACCUGGAGGACAACGCCAUCGAGAGGAUUGAGAGGCGAGCCUUCAUGAAUAUGAACCGGCUUAAGUACAUCAACCUGCGCGGCAAUAAGAUUAGAGACAUCACCGAUGAAGCCUUCCAGAAUCUACCGGAUCUGGAAUUUCUCGACCUCGCGUACAACAAACUCAACGAGUUUGAUUUCGCCUCCUUCGAUCAGGUGGGCACACUGUCGUCGUUCAAAGUUAACGUUAGCCACAACGAGAUCUCGAGAUUGUGGGUAAACAGCACUACUUUCACACCACCCAUCGGCGGCAACGUGCAAUCAAAUAUCAAAGUCCUGGAUCUGAGCUACAAUAACAUAUCCGACAUCAUGAAGUACUACUUCAAGCCAGUCGAGUAUUCGCUCACCCAUCUGUAUUUGUCGAACAAUGAACUGAAGAAUAUUACUCAGGGCAUCUUCGGCAACAUGCCGCACUUACAGUGGCUCGACCUGCGACACAACGAGCUAUACGAAGUGGACUUCGACUGUUUCAAGAACACGAAGAACCUGCAGGUGCUCCUUCUCUCGUGGAACGAUAUCACGGACAUCCCGGCGGAGGCAUUGAGACCCCUGAAGAAAUUACGCAUCGUUGACCUAUCUCACAACAAACUGAGGUCCCUGCCGGAUAAUCUGUUCAUCGACGCCAACAUAGAGAGCCUCGAUCUCUCGCACAAUCAGUUCACAAGGCUGCCCAUCAAGAGCAUGUCGCUCACCUCCGCCGCGAGUUUGGCGAACUUGGACAUGUCCUGGAACAUCUUGUCGGGGAUUCACAACACCGAUACGAUAUUCAGACUUAGGGGUCUAGUGUGGCUCGACUUAUCGUACAAUCGACUGGUCAGACUGGACGACGGUGUGUUCUCCGACCUGCCGUAUCUGGCCCACCUCGACCUGAGUCACAAUAAGCAACUCAUUCUGGAAACUCGCGGAAGGACGUUUUACGGUCUAGAGGAUACGCUCCUGUAUCUCAGUCUGAGCAACAUUUCCCUCUUGAGCGUUCCAGAGUUGCCGUUGAGACACCUGCAGACUUUAUACUUGGCGCAUAACGAGCUGGCGUCAAUACCCGCAGAAAUGUCGUCGAAUUUGACGUCUCUUCACUACCUGGACUUGAGUUUCAACGACUUGACAGUGGUACCGUUGAUCACUCACUCGCUGCCGGAGUUGAAGACCUUUAACUUGGCGGACAAUCCCAUCACAGCUAUCACGAAUACGAGCUUCUUAGGCGUGGCGGACAGUCUGGAGGAGUUGGACAUACGAAGACUCACUCUGUCGCUCUUUGAAGCGGGUGCACUCUGCAAAGCCACUAAGCUUCGCAAGCUAUACAUCACCGCCUACAACGGCGUGAAAAACUUCAACUUUCCCAAUAUUCUACAGUACAAUCAUGGCCUGAAGCAUCUGCUUAUUGACAUCCAGAACGACACCGAUCUAGAGAAGGAAAUGAGGGGAAAAUUCCCUUACAAGUUGUACAACAUCACGUUGACCGGUCGAGACCUGAAGACCGUACAUCCGGAGAUAUUGCGUGGCGUGCAAAAUCCACAUCUUCACUUCGGCCUGUACAACAGCAGCAUAGAGACCAUGUCGCGGGAGACUUUCAGCAAUGCGCAACGGGUGCGCAAUGUCACGGUGGAAAUUCGCGACAGCGACAUUCGAACGCUGCACAAUCCGUCGUCCGGUUACAAGCCGGGAGUGCCGGGCGAACGGUUCCUCAUGAAGCUCCGUUUAGCCGGCAGCUAUCUCAAUUGCGACUGCGAUAUUGGGUGGAUCGAAGUGUGGCAGAGGAAGCACAGACAGUACCAGGAAGAUCGUUGUGCCUCUUACGACAAGUCCAAAAACGUGGAGCGCGAGGAAGGCGACGAAUUCAGCUGCUGGGACAACGGUUGGGACGACGAUCUGCGCGAGACGUCCUGCGUGAAUAAGAACAACGCGUCGCUGUCGAAUACGUUGAAAGCGGAGCUGGAAUGCGGAUGGGGUGCGGCGAGCCACGCCAUCCUGCCAUCCUUGGCCCUCCUCGUCUUCUCGAUCUUCGUAGCUAUCAUCUAUUAAGCGUACCUCAUCCUCGUGGCUUCAUUUGCCCUCCGCUCGAUAUUUUGAAGUCGAAUCGCGAAUCUUGUACCCGAAAGAGGAUCGUCGCAUCGCAAAAAGAGAUCUCCGUUCGCGAUUAUCACGCAUGCUCAUGUACUUGUACAAAAGAAGACUAAUUCGAAAUUAAAUGGAUUUCUGUAAGGCUGA